AUGGUUACUACUCACUAUGAAACAUUUUCUCAGGAAAAGAUUAUAUCUGAAUAUUCGUAUCUUUCAUGUUUACUUUUUAAUUUUCAGGAUUCUAUAUUGAACAAUUUGCCUUCCUAUAAUAGUUAUAAAGAAUUUAAUGAAACAGUUCAAGUUAAUAAUGAUGAUACUGAAUGUAAAGAUCUAGAAGAUAAAACAGCAACAGAACUUUGUGCCAAGUUUAUUAGGAAUAUAAAGAAGUUGCCUGAUUCAAAAAAUAAGACAAAAGAACAUAACGUUAAAGCUUUAGACUUAAUUUACUGGAUCCUAGAUGAAUUAAGAAAAUAUAGCAAAUCCAAUUCUAGGAAUACAAAUGUCAUAAAUAAAAUUGUGAGUGAAGGGAAUAGUAUUUAUAAUAAAAAAUAUUCUUAUGCUUUAUUUUAUGACUAUAAGUUUGAUUUAGAAGAGUCAAGAAAAGAAAAACUUUUACAUGAUUAUUUUAAGAAUUAUGAACAAAUAAAAUCAUGUGAAAAUAAUAUGUGCGAAACGUAUUAUAAAUACGUUAGUUAUAUUAGAGAUAUAUAUUAUGAGCACCAACUGUUUUGUCUUGAGUCAAAAUGUGACUACUUUAUUCAUAAUCCAAAGUACGAUCCAAAUGAUGUUUUAUCUAAAUUAGAAGAGUGUAUUGGAAAAUUAAGAAAAGCAGAAAGCAAUACAAUUUCAGCAUUAUCCAGGAGUGAUCAAGUAAAUUUACAAAAAUCAAAACCAAAUAUUAACAUGAUAAUUAAAUAUGUAAGUUGCACUAAAGUAAAAGAUAAUAAUGAUAAGGACACAAUUAAAUAUAAGUGUGAAGACCCUGCAUAUCGUCAACACACUGAAAAAGGAUUUUUAGGUCAGAAUGUUAAAAAAAAUAUGGAAAAUGUUACAUUUGCUGACGCUUUCAAGAAGCUUAAUAGUAAAAAUUGUACCAAGUUUGAGCAUAAUGGCAUGUUUGGCUUUAGUUGCCUUAAUACGGGCUUACCUAAAGGACUGAAAGAAACUGCUCCAUCUAGCACCGUUACAGAUUUAAGAAGAAGUACCAAAAUUGUAGAUCCAAGUGCAGGCAUAAGAGAAUAUUUAGAGUCUGAUAACAUGGUUCCAGGAGUUAAAUUUCUGGCAUCAAAUCGUGAUGUAUCAGAAAUUUGGGAAGAUUAUGAAAACAGUGAAGAAAAGAUAAAUUCUGAUAACUUGAGGCCAAUUUCCAUGACAACUUUAUUUCCUGAGUUUUCAAAAAAUAUUAUGGAAAAGUAUAUAGAUAAAGAUAUGCCGAAAUGUCAAUAUUACAAGUUUGUAAAAGGUAAACUGAUUUGCGUAAAUCCAAUAGGAGCACGUUAUGAUAUGAAUAAUGUACUGCAAAAGGAUUACAUUACUACAAAAAGGGGAUCUAAUGUUAUUAUAAGGGAGGAACGUGAAUUUUCUAAACCGUCCGAAGAAAAUACUACUACCACACCAUUCUUUAAUAUGCAACGAACUCUUAUAAUAGCUGCCUUGUUAGCUGGGAUGUUUUUUGUCCUUUUUAUUUACAUUAAAGAGAGAUGUAAAAAAAAGAAAGGUGAAUAA